AAUCACAAUAAUCACAUUAAGAAACUUAGAUAUCCGUUUCGUCUUCUUCUUUCUUUCAAAACUAGGUAAGAGUUCAUUUGAGCUGCAUAUCCGCAACAUUAAAGCCGUAAUUAAUUCGAUUAAUUUCUAUUUAUUUUUAGUAAACUGGACGGUAGAAAAAGAUGAGCAAUGAAGGCGGCGAUCAACAAAGAGGUGCCCCUCGUUUGAAUGAGAGGAUCCUCUCAACUUUGUCCAGACGAUCUGUUGCUGCCCAUCCUUGGCAUGAUCUCGAGAUAGGACCUGAAGCUCCCCACGUUUUCAAUGUUGUAAUUGAGAUAUCAAAAGGAAGCAAAGUCAAGUACGAGCUUGACAAGAAAACUGGUCUCAUUAAGGUUGAUCGAGUGCUAUAUUCAUCGGUAGUUUACCCUCAGAACUAUGGUUUCAUUCCUCGAACGCUAUGUGAAGAUAGUGACCCCAUGGAUGUAUUAGUCCUCAUGCAGGAACCUGUCAUCCCAGGUUGUUUCCUUCGAGCAAGAGCCAUCGGACUUAUGCCUAUGAUCGAUCAGGGAGAGAAGGACGAUAAAAUCAUAGCAGUGUGUGCUGAUGAUCCAGAAUAUCGACACUACACUAACAUAAACCAGCUUGCCCCUCAUCGCUUAGCCGAAAUCCGCCGCUUCUUUGAAGAAUACAAGAAGAAUGAGAACAAAGAGGUUGCUGUUGACGAGUUUCUGCCUCCAAAUACUGCUGCUGAUGCCAUCCAGUACUCCAUGGACCUUUAUGCUGAAUACAUAUUACAGACGUUGAGGAAGUAAUCUUAUGCUUCUAAAGAGCAUGGUAUCAGAGUAUUUAUGCGAUGCUGUUGGAAGUGAAAUUAAACUGUCACAAAUCAUUUAAAUAAUUUUGUUUUAUUACCACACAAAUGUGCUAAAAAGGAUCAUCUUCUGCUACAGCCGGCUUCUGAAUUUUCUACUUUAUUUUAAAUCAAUGUAUUAAUGUCUAAUUCCAAUAUAAUCUUGUUUGAGUUAAAAUUCUCUUCAAUUCCCCUUCUGAAAAAUAAGAGCAAAGCAAAAAGCAAAUUGCAAUAUAUAUUGCAAAGU